AUGAUCUCUACGGACGUGAACUACCAUAGUAUAAUCUUAAGGCUACUUUAUGAUGGCAAUGGCGAUGCGAAGAGCAACCAUCUUAGUUUACGACCUCCGAUAUGUCGGAGCGCCUGGAUAGAUACUGUAUUCGCAUGUGGAAGUCGGUUUGGAAUUAGAUUGCGCGGAGGCAGAGCCGGCAGCGUGGAUGAACCUCCAGAUGACACGUCGAUGCCUGUCGACGACUAUAUCCGAACUUCUGAGCCUGAAGAAGGAUUCAAAGGUGGCAUGACAUAUCCCUGGAAGAUCCCUAAUUGCGCCCCACAUCAGACAGACAGAGAAGGGUUAAUGAGACAGAGAGAGACAAAUGAUGUCGGAGAGCUGAGAGGAGCCCAUGUGCUGGCGGCCAUCCGUCUCUGGGCUUUAUUAACACGGCCGACAUAUGUACUUCAGGUCCACAUGUCACCUCCCCCCACUCCCUUCUACUGCCUAGCCUCCUUCGUACUCUUUAUAGAACAAUACGAACUGGAUGAUUUUUCUUCCACACCUUUCAAUACUAUUUUCAAGAGAGCUGGUCAGUGCUCAAAUCCAGAAGUCGCACAUCAAAACUGGCUUUACCAUAAUGCUCUACAUUCUUAA